AUGGUGGUGGUGCUGGUGGUGGUGGUAGUGGUAGAGGUAGCGUUAAAGGUAGUGGAAGAGAUUGUGAUAGAGAUGGUGGUGGUGGUGGUGGUGGUGUUAGUGGUAGUGGUAGCGUUGAAGGUAGUGGAAGAGAUUGUGAUAGAGAUGAGAGAUGGUGUUAGUGGUGGUGGUAGUGGUAGAGAUGGUGGUGGUUGUGGUGUUAGUGUUAGUGGUAGAGAUGGUGGUGGUGGUGGUGGUAGUGCUAGUGGUAGAUAUGGUGGUGGAAGUGGUAGUGGUAGAGAUAAUGGCGGUGGGGGUGGGGGUGGUGGUGAUUGUAGUGGUAGCGGUAGAUAUAGUGGAAGAGAGAAGGUGUGGAAGUGGAAGUGGUAG